UGUAUAUUGCCACCGCCCAUUUCACUAAACAAAAUGAUGAACAAGCGUGACAAUGCUUUGUUGGCUAAUUUGUCUUUUUUCAUUAGGAGCUAAAUAUAUUAACUUAGCAUGCCUUCUCUAUUAUAAUAAUUCUAAUUAAUUAAAAAGGUUCCCCAAAAGCUAAGCAAAUGACCACGCUAACAAUCUACAUAUAAAUAAAUCCUUUUUGUGGGAUAAGAGCAGCAGUUUUAGACAAAAUUUGGUUCUAAAUCCAAAUGGGUAAUUGUCGAACUUCACCAACAAAUAAUGCUAUUGGUUUCUGCCUUCUCCCUUCAGAACUCAUAGAGCGUAUACUUCUCUGCCUGGCCUUACCUGAAAUUAUCCGAUUCAAAUUGGUCAGCAAAACUGUGGCUUCGAUUAUCUCCCACCAAGAUUUUGUUCGCCAAUAUAAUUUGAGACUGCGCUCCACAACUUGGCUCUUUCUCUUCAAGAAGCGCUGCCAUCGGUAUUCUCUUCUCGACGGUUUCGCCGAACGGUCCGACCGGUGGUUCCGGAUUCCGAUCUCUAAUUUGUUGAAACCUUUUAUUUUUCCAGGGGAGGAUCUUUUCUUUUUGACUGCUGGUGGGAAUAUUUUCCUCUUUGCUUCGAAUUCUCAUCAGGCGGUUAUUACAGUUAAUUUGGUCACCAAUACCGUUAGGAAGAUCCCUCCCACUCCUUUGGGCCCACGCGGCACUUGUUCCUGGCGAAGAUCCGGAAUGAAAUUAUUGCCUGGCCCAAUCGGGUCGGAGCAUUUCCGCUUCUUGUUUGCCGAGUUGGUAGAGAAUCGUCCGGUAGUGUUCGAGUAUGACUCCGAGACUGAUAAGUGGCAGUCUAUGGUGGCCAAAGAGGACGAUGCCGGCUCGCUCCGUGUUUCCGAGAGAGUGGGCGAUCAUAUUUUUUUAAGUGUGAUGCAUGGAGCAAACGAAUCUUCUGUGAUCGCAAUCAAAUCUCCGAACAAUACACCAGUAAUCCUACGGCCAAGGUUUGACGGCAGAACCGGGGAGGAUAGGCAAUUGACGGUUGGAUUCAGUUGGGGAAAAAGUAUUGAUAGGUUACACGUUUGCGGUGAUGGGUACAUGAUGAUCGCGAAAUCGGACGGUGUUGAUGGAGCAAAUACGAGAGUGAGGAUGUUGAAGGAUAUAGAAAUGUUGGGCCUGGGUUUAAAUGGUAGGAAUUGGGAAAUGAUAUCAAAGUUACCUGGCAAGUUGAUGGAGCAGAUUAAAAAGCCUUAUGGGGUUAUGAUGGGGUGUUUGGAGGGUAUAAAUGGAACAAUAAAUGCAGUUUUGAUGUCUAAUUUGGAGGGAUUAUGGGACAUAAUUUGGCUACGGUACGACAUAGUGGGAAGGCAGUGGACUUGGGUCCCACUCCCUGAUUGCAGAAUGAAAGGCUUAAACAUGGCUGGAAUAGCCUUCUCCUCUGGACUCACCCUUCCUUGAUUCAAAACCUUAUUUUAGCUUGUAGUCGACGGCUAUCAACUAUUGUGUGCAAAAUACAUAUCAUAAGCAUCAUCACAUUUUCAAAUUUCAAAUUCACUUACAUGGUCUUAUUGAGUCCAUAUAUAUAUA